AGCCGGCGGCUGAGCACGCCGUUGCGUGAGGAGCUUCUCGUCCGCCGGGCCGGCCUGUGGUGAAGCGACGCCUCCCGCUCCCGCCCCGCUCCGCCCGCAGUUUUCAGUUGACCAAAGAAAUGGUGAUGGAGAAGCCAAGUCCCCUGCUGGUCGGGCGGGAAUUUGUGAGGCAGUACUAUACUCUACUGAAUCAAGCACCUGAUUAUCUGCACAGGUUUUAUGGAAAGAACUCUUCCUAUGUCCAUGGUGGCUUGGAUUCCAAUGGAAAACCAGCUGAUGCUGUUUAUGGGCAAUCUGAUAUCCACAAGAAAGUGCUGUCAUUAAACUUCAAGGAUUGCCACACGAAGAUCCGCCACGUGGAUGCUCAUGCUACUCUCAACGAUGGUGUCGUAGUGCAAGUGAUGGGGGAGCUCUCCAAUAACAUGCAGCCCGUGCGCAGAUUCAUGCAAACGUUUGUGCUUGCACCUGAGGGUUCUGUUGCAAACAAGUUUUAUGUCCAUAAUGACAUUUUCCGCUACCAGGAUGAGGUUUUCGGUGACUCUGACACAGAGCCUCCCGAGGAAUCAGAAGAAGAGGGGGAGGAACCUGAGGAAAGGCAGCAGACACCUGAGGCUGUUCCUGAUGAUAGCAGUACUUACUAUGAGCAGACUGUCAGUAGCAAUGACUUGGAAGAACAUGCGGAAGAGCCAGCUGCAGAUGCAGAGCCUGAGCCGGAGCCAGAACCUGAACAGGAACCUGAACCAGAGGCCCAAGAAGAAAAGCCUGAGCCAGCGCUGGAGGAAUCAGCUCCAGAAGAGGCUGUGGAGAAGAGUCCUUCUCCAGCUCCUGCUGAUCCAGCUCCUGCAGUGCAAGAGGACUCCAGGACGUUUUCAUGGGCGUCAGUAACUAGUAAGAACCUUCCUCCCAGUGGAGCUGUUCCAGUAUCGGGGAUACCACCUCAUGUUGUGAAAGUACCAGUCUCACAGCCUCGCCCCGAGACAAAGCCGGAAUCUCAGACUCCACCACAGAGACCUCAGAGGGAUCAGAGAGUGAGGGAGCAGAGAACAAACAUCCCACCACAGAGGGGUCCUAGACCAAUUCGUGAUGGUGAACAAGGCGACGUUGAGACUAGGCGGAUUGUGAGAUAUCCAGACAGUCAUCAGCUGUUUGUUGGGAACCUUCCCCAUGAUGUGGACAAAAGUGAACUAAAAGACUUUUUCCAAAAACUUGGCUUUUCUCUUGCAGGCUAUGGAAAUGUUGUUGAGCUCCGCAUCAACAGUGGUGGAAAACUUCCCAAUUUUGGGUUUGUGGUUUUUGAUGAUCCUGAACCAGUGCAGAAGAUCCUUAGCAACAGGCCCAUCAUGUUCAGGGGAGAGGUGCGCUUGAAUGUGGAGGAGAAGAAAACACGAGCGGCCAGGGAGGGAGACCGCAGAGACAACAGGCCCCGUGGCCCUGGAGGCACUCGUGGGGGGCUGGGAGGUGGGAUUCGAGGGCCUCCGCGUGGAGGAAUGUCCCAGAAACCAGGAUUUGGAGCUGGAAGGGGGAUCGGGCAACGCCAGUGAAAGCAUCACGGAUGUUGACAUGGUGACGCAAACCCUUUUUCCUGCAGUUUUGUGAAUUUCAGCCGUGGGUAUCUUGGAAUGUGGCCCUAGCCUGUUAUAGACUGCUACGUUUGAUACUAUUUUGGCCCCUUUUUGUUUGUGUUAUGGUUUUGUGAUUUUUUUUCUAGUCCUUGUCCCAGAUUCCAGCUUUGUGGAACAACGUUUUAGGAAAAGUGGAUUUUAAAAAACUGAAUUUCCUUGCUCACUUCAAACUUACGGACUGGAUUUUUUGGUACCAGUGGUCUUUCCUAAAGGAAUAUUUUCUUUUUUUGUUUUCUUGCUUUUUUUUUUUCUCUUCCCCCUCUCUACUGAAUUUGGGUGCAUUUCAGUCAGUGGAAUAAUAUUUCACGUGCAUGUGUUCAAGAGCCUCUAGGAAAGCAUAGUACUUGGCAAGUAUUUCAAGGGCAGGAAAAAAAAAGAAACUUAUCGAUUUAUCCCUUGAGGGUCAUAUGAACAUCCUCUGAUCCGGAGAUAUAGCCACUUGAAAAAUUGACAUUCAUCUAUCUUUGUGGCGCUGUAAAAGUGGAAUAAUGGGUAUCCGUAGAAUCUUUUUUCUUUUGAUACAUGAUCACGGAAAGGAAUUCUAACUACUGUUUUACCACUUUGAAAUUUUGGAUUGUGGGAUAGGUUUUAAAUGUCUAGAACUUGACUCUUAAAACACUUUUCCUGAACUUGUGAAAUUUUUUAUUGAAAUAGGGAGGUUUUUCAUGUUUAGUUUGUAUUUGUAUAAAAAAAAGCAAAAUUGUUGUGCCUUCUAUUUAUCUCUCAUUCCAGUCUUGGCAAAUUGUUAAAAAAAUAAAAAAUAAAAAAGGUCUAGAUUUGCUUUAUCAAGUUGAAGAGUAUCUUGGAGUUUUUCCAGGGGAAUCUGUCACCAGCUUUGGUAGGUAGGGGUGGUAGAGCUUAAGAACUUAGUAUUUUCAAAAAAUGAAAAUGGUUACUUAAAUGCAGCCAAACUAAUGAGCAGAAAGGAAAGUAGUCUUUGGGUGAAGAAUUUCAUAACAACUUUGUUUUGAGGCUGGACAGGUUCCAUGAUAAAUGCUAUAAGAUUAGAUCUGAAAUAGAAGUACUUUUGUUGCCUUCUUUAUGCUUCUCUGCUGUGUGAUAAGCAGUUACUUUUGCAGGUUAGGUGUUAAUUUUAAUCCCUUACUUCAGCAAGCCCUGAAAUAGGUGCAUUUUGCUUGGACAUACAGCAGGUGUUUCUGCCUUGGAAUUGAGUAAGUUACCGAACACUGUCCACCUUUCAAAGGAUGAAACUGAAAAUAGAAAACUCAUUUCACUUGAAGAGAUUUUGUAAGAUUGUACCGCACAAAACAGCGUUAUUUCUGGUUACUGUGAUGUGUGGCAUUCACAACAUCUGGAUGGAAACGUCAGUCUCGGCCACAACAGACCUGAUCUCCUGAUCCUAGCAGAGAGCUGCUCACCGAGUUAGUUAAACC